CCCCUCCCCGCCCCCCCCAACCCCCAAAAAAAAGAGAGAGAGAGGGCAGCCGGCAGCCGAUGCGUAGAGUUGUGAGCCUGUUGUGACUGUGGCUUCUAUUCAAACCAUUUCCCUGCCUCGAAUCAGCCAAGAAAUCGCAUUCGCAGUCAUGGCUCUCCAUGCUAGCAGCGGAUUGCUUGCCGCCGCCGCCGCCGGCGGUUUGGGUCCGAGGAAGGUUCAUAGAAUCAGAGCCGCCGUUUCAACAGAAACAACUGAAGAAGGUAAGGUGCAGCUCGGCGGUUCGGAUUUGAAGGUGACGAGGCUUGGGAUUGGGGCUUGGUCUUGGGGCGAUACCAGCUACUGGAACAACUUUGAGUGGGAUGAUAGGAAGAUGAAGGCAGCUAAGUCUGCUUUUGAUACCAGCAUAGAUUCUGGUAUUACAUUAUUUGAUACUGCUGAAGUUUAUGGCUCAAGGCUAGCAUUGGGUGCAGUAAAUUCUGAGACACUGCUGGGAAGAUUUAUUAAGGAAAGGAAAGAAAGAAAUCCUGAAGUGGAGGUUGCUGUUGCAACCAAAUUUGCAGCUUUACCCUGGAGGCUAGGCCGUCAGAGUGUCAUUAGUGCUCUUAAGGACUCACUAUGUCGUCUCGGGCUUUCUUCAGUGGACCUCUAUCAACUCCAUUGGCCAGGAGUAUGGGGAAAUGAAGGGUAUAUAGAUGGUCUUGGAGAUGCUGUGCAGCAGGGUCUUGUGAAGGCUGUUGGGGUUUCUAAUUACAGUGAGAAACGUCUUCGGGAUGCAUAUGAACAGCUUAAAAAAAGAGGUAUCCCGCUGGCAUCAAACCAAGUCAAUUACAGUCUAAUAUAUAGGGUUCCAGAAGAAAAUGGUGUUAAGGCUACCUGUGAUGAACUGGGGAUCACUUUGAUUGCAUAUUCACCUAUUGCACAAGGUGCUUUGACGGGAAAGUACACACCUGAAAAUCCUCCCACUGGCCCUCGAGGGAGGAUUUACACUCCUGAGUUCCUAACACAGCUCCAACCUUUGAUAAACAGAAUCAAGGAGAUAGGACAGAACUAUCAAAAAACUCCCACACAGGUCGUCCUUAACUGGUUAAUAGCUCAGGAGAACGUUGUCCCGAUCCCAGGAGCCAAAAACGCAGAACAAGCUCAAGAGUUUGCGGGUGCGCUGGGGUGGAGACUCACCAAUGAAGAGGUCGACGAGCUGCGUUCUUUGGCAUCGCAAACAAAGCCCGUUAUCGGCUUUCCUGUAGAAAAAAUGUAGAGAUUUCAAGCUAGCACUUGAAGACAAACGGAUUCAAACUGGUUGCAGAAUCUACACUUGCCCAACAUUAAUAACCAAAAUCACUGAAUACCAAUGACCCCAGAGUUGUACAUUUUCACCUUUAGAUGCAUAUAGUUCUAGUGAGUUGAAAAGCAUUGUGUAUGCAUACAUUCCUCUGUUCAUGUAAUUGCUCUGAGCAAUUGUAGUCUUCCAGACUCUUUCGGUUGCCGAUGCUUAUGCAUAAUUAGUGGAAGUUGCCAAUUAUGGAGACAUUUAAACAGAUAAUUAUAAUUAAUAAACUGUUCGAUUGGCCUUGCAAAAAUAGGCAAGCUUUCCUUGACAAAGGGUGUAGCAUGAAAG